UCCGCCGGGCCGGGUCCAGUUGCAAGGAAAUGUUGCACGUGGAAUACCCUGCUUGGGGUUCACCGAAGUAGCGACCCUGUGUGAUCUCUGAGGCUGGCCUUAGAGGCGAGGACAUGUGGGUACCAGUGGCGGGGCUUCCUCCGCGGCUGAAGCUUUCAGCCUUGGCGGGCGCCGGUCGCUUUUGCAUUUGGGGAUUUGCGGCGUCGACGCGAAAGCACUUGCCGGCGAAGAACCACCGAGGCUUCUCCGACUCCUACCCGCAGCCGUUACCCUAUCCGGAUUUCAACGAAUCCCCCUCUUCGGUGUCCAAGUGGCGCUCAGAGCCUAAGCGCUACGUAACCAGUCGGAGAUUGGCCGAGACCGUGGCGAAAAUCCUACGGGGGAAACGAGAAAGACCUCGUCACCUACUCCUGGAGUGCAAUCCAGGUCCUGGAAUCCUGACUCAGGCAUUACUUAGAAAUGGUGCCAAAGUGGUUGCCCUUGAAAGCGACAAAACAUUUAUUCCACAUUUGGAGUCCUUACGAAAAAAUCUGCUUGGAAGCCUAGAAGUUAUCCACUGUGACUUCUUUAAAAUCGAUCCUAGAAGUGAUGGACUAGUAAAACCACCCAUUAUGGUUUCACAUAUGCUUUUUCAGAAUUUGGGAAUAGAAGCACGUCCUUGGUCAGCUGAUAUUCCUUUAAAAGUAAUUGGAGUUUUCCCAAUGAAAAAUGAAAGAAGGACACUUUGGAAAUUUUUAUAUGACCUAUAUGCCUGUACUUCUGUAUAUAGAUAUGGACGGAUAGAGCUAAAUUUGUUUAUUAGUGAAAAAGAAUACCAGAAACUAACGGCAAAUAGAAAUUCAAACUUGUAUGACGUGUUGAGUGUGCUCUGGCAAGUAGCUUGUGAGAUUAAGGUUCUGCACGUGGAGCCUUUGUCAUCAUUUGACAUGUAUACCCAAAAUGGACAGCUGGAAAAGGCAAAGUGUAGGGAAUCAUUAAACCCAACAGAACAAAACCUGUAUUUUAUUAGAAUGACACCUCGUAAAAGUUUAUUUACGGAAAACUUAACGCCUAUUAACUAUGAUGUAUUUUUUCACAUGUUAAAGCACUGUUUUGGGAAGCGUGGUGCCAGGCUAAUAGACCACUUACAUUGUUUGACUCCAGUUGAUGCAAUGGAUGUAUUGAUGCAAAUAGGAAAAAGUGAAAAAGCUAAAAUAACUAAUAUGCACCCUCAAGACUUUAAACGCCUUUUUGAAACUAUAGAGUGCUCCAAAGAUUAUGUUCAUAAAUGGCUAUAUGAUGACAGCAUGGGUGACACAAACCCUCCAGGGAAGUAGACUCUCAAGAUAUAUUAGCUGCAACGGUUUAUUUGGAAAUUAUGACACAAAUGAAAAAGGACUAAAUCUGAAAAGCUCACAUCCUUUCAACAGAAGAUAACUUCUUGUAUUACAGACUAGGCAGAUCAUUUCUUCUGAAGUUGCUAUAUUGGUAUAUUGGAUGAAAUAAUUUUAUUCACAACUGAAUAAAAUCAAAGCUUUAAUUGUGGACAUGGUCAAAUUGAAUUUGUUUUGUUUCAAAUUAUUAUAUUCUGUAAACAUACUGGUUGUUGUAGAGUGUUUCCAGUUGAGAUUUAGUUUGUUUUUUAAAAUGCUUUGGCCAAACAUCUUACCUUGUAUUAAAUAUUCCACUUUCAUCAUUGCUGAUUUUUACAUCCUGUGGGCAAAAGAGUCUAUAUAUUAUUAAGCUGAGAAAGUAAACAAAACUGAUAUAAGGGGUUUGUUUUACCUUUCAGUUAGUUGAAAUGUAUUAUCAAGUACUGUAUAAUGAAAAUAUUAAAUUUUAAUAUGAUUUAAAAUUUUUUAGAAAUUAAAAUAUUUUAA